AUGAAGAAGGAUCGGCCUCCGUUGAAGAAAACGACGGUGCCGGAUGUUCUGACCACGUUCGCGCGGAAAAUUCGUCCUGACGACAACAAACAGAGCGCGAAGGAGAUAUUAAUGUCACAACUGUCGCCGCCUCGGUGUCAGAUAGACUUCUUGCCUGCAACUGUAAAUUUGGGUAAAUGUGAUGCACUGGAUCAUGAGGAAACGAAAGAAUUUCGAGACACUUGCGACGCUGAUAAAGACGAUCUAGCGUUAAGAAGCAGUCCCCCUGAAGGUGAAUCGAAAGGUGAAGAAGAUACGGUAACAGAUGAAGGAAAAGAAGCGAAAUGUUUAGGUUGCUUAAUGGACGAUCUGGAAUUGUCGUACGACGGUGAAUGGCUGAGGAAUUACCUGAAAAUACCUUUGAGAAUGGCAAUGACGGAGAUAGUAGCAAAAAAGCCAGACGAUCCGAUCAAUUAUCUCGGAUUUUGGUUGUUAUAUUAUAGAAAACACAUUGAGAAGAAUCAGUGGCAAUUAGAGGCGGAUCGAGAGCUCAAAUAUUAUCGAUCCUUGGUUCGCGAACCAGAGCUUGAAGAACUGGUUUCAGAGAAAGGGGAAGAUGAAGAAUUAGCACGGGACUGGAAUUUUAAGUACUACGAAUCUACGCACAAGCCGGCGUAAACUGAUUACUGAAUUACAAAACAAUAAUUACGGUGGAUAAACGGGGAUAAAAGAAUGAAGCGGCAAAGAAAAUAUAUCCGAGAUAAUAUUUAAUCGUUCAAAAUCGUUACAAAAAAUUCCAGUCCUUUGGUUCAAUCGAAAACUGUCGAAUACCUAAAU